AUGUCGUUAAGUGCUACUCUUGACAGAUUGUCAAGCAAGUGUAGGACUCAAUCGAAGGCUAAGCAAUUUUUCAAUGAAGAGCUACUGAAUGAUUGGGCUUCUAAGAGUGAGCAACUUUGUGAUCGGUUCAGAGAGCUGGAAGGAAACGAUGAGAGGGUGGCAUGGCUGCGACAAAUGUUUAUGGAGCUUUUAGACCUCUUUCAGGAAACCCAAUUGCCGGCAAAGAUUACAUUGCCGCAGAUUUCAAGGUUUAUCGAGAGCAUAUGCAGUUCGACAAGUGCAACCGUAGGCAGUCAAGAAUUAACAUCGAUGGUUGGGAAGAUGUUUGUUUCAGUAUCAAACCAAUAUAUCGAAGAAGACGAUGCAAAGACCGUUGCUUUGGCAAGAAUCAGUAACUCUCUGUCGCGAGAAGUGUUCAAAUUUAGUCGCCUCUCCAGCAAGCUUAUGAAUAGUGAACAAACCACGCUGCUGAGGCAUCUUCUGAAAAAGUCGAAAUAUGAACUAAAGAAAUUUAACCUGUUGGCUGAGUGCCCGACAGGCUAUUCGCAACUUGUAACAUUACUUCUAACCGCUUACUACGAUCCAGAUAAUAUGGAGAAAAUCAAGCUGUAUGUCCAGCAGAUGUAUCACAUUGCCGGGAAGUACUCCCUGGACUCAAUGCGGUGCUUGGAUGUGAUACUGAAUAUCUCUAGCGAGUUCAUCACAGAACAGCACACCUUUCUGAUAGCUUUUCUCAGAAGUACCAAAUUUUGGCCUAAGCACCAUGUUGCCGACCCUUUCCGAACGGAUGGACUCAAUAGAGGUGGGAAUAUGGUGGCGUCAAAUGUCAUAGCAUUCCAUCUAGCUCAGCAAACCGGUGAUCUGAAUCUGAAAUACGUUGACAUGGUCUGCAUACUGAUUAGGAACGGUUUCAUUAAUGUGCUUUCCAUAUGGGAAAAUAUACGACCAGACAAUAAAACGCUGGAGCAGUUCUUUAGUGACUUUACGAGUGAAAUGGAGAAAAAUUCGAUGAAAGGUCUUUUGAAUCCACUCGCUAUGGCGGCAGCUUUGAAAUCUGACGAUGAAAGUACAGAAUCAAAGACUAGGCCGGUGACAGAGGAUGAGGAUGAUGAGGGAAAGAAGAGCAGCCAAGAUGCAGGCAAACAGAAGGAAAAAACGGAAGAAUCGGACAAAGUUGUUCUGGAGAGUGCUAAGAUGAAAUUUAUAGAGCGUCUGCUGGUUCACGGCUGUGUCACGGCUGCCUUUUUUCUCAUAAAUUCUCAAUCUGGCUUUAUGAAUGUUGAAAGCCAGAUACCAAAGCUAAUCACCAGAAUUUUUGAUCACAUCAUCGAUCCCCUUUACAAUUCUUUGGUUCUCUUCGCUCUCAAUACAGCUGUUGGUAGCUUGCCACUGACAAUACAGGAAAAUGGUAUUCUCUCACACAAACCAAGAUUAGUGAGAGAAGAUAAAACUCACGAUCCUUUCCCUACAUUAUCACUUAGAAACAGGGCUGUUUUCUACUACCCGCAAUGGACAUCAAACAUACCAGUGGUUGACUCUGUCGAGGAUCUUUUCCAAAAGUCGCACGAGUACCUAUCUCUAAUUGGAGCACGACUAGCCGUUAACCCUCAACUUAUCUCCAAGAUAUGUCGCAUCGGAAAAGUCGAUAUCACCAAGCACUCCGCUUGCUUGGAUAAAUGGGUCAACUAUGUCAGAAAAUUCAUCUUUCAAUGCAUUCCCUUGCUUGACAUAAAUCCAGUGGUGACUAGCGAAAUUUAUGGCUUGAUGAGACUAUUCCCUUUUGAAAGAAGGUAUUUCCUCUAUAAUGAGAUGCUAUCAAAACAUUCGAAAGAUGUUCUUCCCAUCAAGGUUGGAUUCAACAGGACUGAAAGAGAGGCAAAAAGCAUCCUCAAGGCUUUGAAUAUCGAUACAAUUGACGAACAAUCGAGAAUACUUGCUAACCUUGCAUCUACCAAUCCACUAGCGACGUUAAUGCCCGCCGUGAAGCAAAUUGAAAAUUAUGACAAAAUAUCUGAGCUUGUAGUUUCGACGACGACCCUCUUCAAUGAUUUUGCUUGCGACGUCCUACAGUAUGUUUUACUCAUGCGGCUUACUGACAACCGAAAUGCUGUGCAAAGUGACGGUGUCAAUCAGUCGAUGUGGGUUCAGCGUUUAUCGGUCUUCAUUGCUGGAUUAGCCAAAGAAUGUGAUAAAAUGGACAUCACAAACAUCAAGGAGUACAUCGUCAAAACUCUGCACAAUGGCAGCGUCAUAGCGGUUUCGAUUCUACGAGAACUUAUUUCAACGGUGGGUGGUAUUCGGGAUCUCAAUAACGUUAAUCUGAAGCAACUAAAGAUGCUUCACUCUGGAGAACCACUGAGAAAGGUAGCGAGAAAACUAAUCUUUGAUUGUAGGGAUGAUAACCAGGCACAAGGGACGAAAUUAAUCAGGUACUUCAACAGCGAAAAUACCUUGUCGGAAGUGAUAAUUCUGUUACACAACUUGAAUCUGAAGGCAAAUAGUCAACAGGGGCACUAUAAAGUUCUCUCCGCUAGAUGUGAUGAAAUGAACACUUUAUUAUGGUCUUUUAUCGAGCUUAUAAAACACUGCUUAAAGACAGAAGAUUUUGCGAAGAGCGUUCUUCCCUUAGAUGUGUUGGGAAAUGAGUAUCAUGUUUCGACUCCUUGGAUUUUCCAUCUGUGGAGGGACUACAUAGAUUCACAUGAAGAAACUGAUAAAAACGUCGCUUUAAUGAUUGAAAGAGCCGAGUUUAAAGAUGUGGACUUCUCGAAUUUAUCUAGAGAAGUGUUUGUUAAUUUCUGGAAGCUUUCACUUUACGACAUCCAAUUUGACAAGACUCUUUACGAUGAAAGAAAAUUUGUUUUGGAAGCAGAGCUUUCAACGUUGACAUCCAUCAAGAAAAAGAGCGAGGUGUCAAACAACAUCAAGGAUCUCUUAGUGAGCUGUAUCUCCCACCAAAGAAAAUUCAAUUCGACUAAGCAACUCCUGCAGCAACAGCCAAGGGACUGGAUACAUGAAACGACUUAUGAUUCAAUAUACUCUUUUUUCCAGUAUUGCGUGAUACCCAGGGUAUUAUUUUCGCCUUCGGAUGCUAUAUAUGCUGCGUCUUUCAUUUUACUAGCGUUCGAGGUUAGCGAUUUUAUGAAGCUUAUGGACGUUUUUGUUAGGUCGGAGGUAUUGAGCUCUUUAUUGUUCUGCUGUACUGGCUCAGAAGCAGGAAAUUUAGGCAUUUUUUUUGCCCAGCUGCUGGAGGAGACUGAGAGAAUGAGGCGUGAUGAAGAACAGGAUCGGGCAGCUUGCCGUGUGCUGUACGAAUGGCAUAAUAUCAUUACCGAACAAGUUAUCUUGACACUUCAAAACAAAAACUAUAUGUCUGUCAGAAAUGGUAUCGAGUUCAUGAAGCAUUUAUCAAGUCUUUUCCCAGUGAUAGACACACAUAUUCAAUUGUUGUGUCAAACCGUUGAGGACAAUCUCGAACAAGAAGAGAGAGAAGACAUCAAACUUCCAAGCAAUGCCUUGCUUGGCCAUCUAAAGGCACGUCUGAAAGGAGCAUUAAAACUUGAAGAGUUCUGCGACUUGAAUGUGGAGGAACGUGCAGCCAAAUUGAACCUCGAGGUGGAAUUAGAAGAAAUAAGGCUUCAUGAAGUGCAGGUAGCAAAUGAAAAGAAGCAGACAGAGCUUCGGAAACAGCUGGAGUUCAACAAGAAGCAAAGAGAACAUGCAGAGAAAGCUAAAGAGGCGGCGGAAGCGGAAAAUCUCCCAUCCAGAACGACUGAAGGAACUUCUAUCAUCCGUUCUGAAUCUCCGUUAACUGCGUCGUUGGAUACUCAUCAGUCACAAAGCGGCUCAUGGCCUCUCGGGAGGGUCUUUAGGUUCAUGGACGAGCUGCGUCACAACUUCAGUAACAAUAAUCUAAGCAAGGCUGUAAGUUGCAUUUUCGAUCCAGAAGAGAAGACUGCCAUUCAGGACUUGACUAAACAGGCCAUGCCGCUAAAGGAUUUCCAGAAGAAUCUUCAAACAAUCGUCAAUCGUUUCCUCAUAUCGCUGGUGCGCUCGCCGGAGAAUUCUGAUUUCGUCAAAAAGCUUGAAGAGGUGACACAGUCAAUAAACUGCGUUACACGAGAUGCAAGCAAAAAACGAAGCGACAUGUACUCCGAUGUGCCGAGCCGUUACGAGCAACCAAAGAUUCGUAGCAGGUACGGCGGCAGUGGCAGAACGGACAUACAGACGGAAACUGCCCUCGGUUCGAACGCAAAGGACACCAGAAAGCCAGGUAACGGCCCGUCGAGGGAGGCCCGCACCUCGCCUCCGGAGGCUGGAAGAUCAGAAAGUGUAGGAGCCCGUCCACCCAAUAGAAAUGGGUCGUCAACCGGGUCCGAGGCAUCCAGGUAUUACAGCAACCGGCGGAACAGAGACUCGCGCUCCGAAAGAGAAUACAGAUCAAGAGGACCCAAGAAGGAGGACCAAACCGGAAGACCGCCAUCCACGUCGCUAGCUUCUCGAGCUCUAGUUUUCCCAGGAAAGCCUGCCCAACGGGCAGAUACGCGGAACGCGAGAAAGAGCGCUCCAUCUUUCAACUCAGGAACCCAGGAGCGAAGCGAACGUCAGCUCCCGGUAGCGCCAGAUACAGCCGAGGGGCGGCCGCCUAAGAGGUUCAGACCCGACGAUAAUCGAAGCAACUACAGAUCGUCAGACAAUGGAGCAAAAAGUUCACGCAAAGAUGCCGACCGCCCGAGAUAUGCAGAUCGUCGCAACCAAGCUUUGCCGCAAGGCCCCCGGGCCUCUCAAGAGCCCCCAAGCAGGUACCAAAGGUGA